AUGGCUGCUUACUCUAAGUUACUUCCACCCGACCGCUCCAUCAAGCAGAUCCUCUCCAGUCUUACCUCCCUAUACCUCCGACAUCGUACUCGCAUAUCGCGCGGUGUAUAUGUUGCUCUCUUUGCAGCUCUCACAAAACGAAUCCAUAAUGCUAUCUCUGAACAGAAAGCAGCUUCACAACAAGUGGAGCUGCGAAGACGCCCGGGUACAAGUAGUCUAGGCGAUGACGAGCAACAGCCACGCAAGAAGCGCGUGGAGAUCAAUCGGGAGUUCUUUAAGAACUUGCUUCGUCUCCUGCGGAUUGUCAUCCCGGGAUGGCGUAGCAAAGAACUAAGACUCCUGAUGAGCCAUAGUGUCUUUCUUGUGCUGCGGACACUCCUUAGCUUGUAUGUUGCGGAGCUUGACGGCCGGCUCGUCAGUAACCUCGUGCGGGGAAAGGGAAAGGACUUCUUGCUCGGUCUUGUGUGGUGGAUGAUUGUGGCGGUUCCGGCAACAUUCACAAAUUCCAUGCUCUCCUACCACCAAUGCCGACUUGCUCUCAGCUACCGCAAACGCUUGACUGACUACAUUCAUGAGAAAUACCUAUCAAAUAUGACCUUUUAUGCCAUCUCCGCCCUGGAUGAUCGAGUUAAGAAUCCCGACCAGCUGGUCACAGUGGAUGUUUCUCGUUUCUCCGACAGCCUGGCAGAGCUGUACUCUAAUCUUGCGAAGCCAAUACUGGAUAUGGCUAUCUACAAUUACUCACUCUCGAAGAAUGUAGGAGGCGAGGGUCUCUUUAUUAUGAGUUUACUAGUGCAGAUAUCUGCCAACGUCAUGCGCAUGUUGACACCGCCGUUCGGCAAGUAUGUUGCAGACGAGGCUCGACUUGAAGGCGAGUUCCGUUUCCUUCACUCUAGACUUAUUGACUACAGCGAAGAGGUUGCUCUCUAUCAUGGCCACGAGGCAGAGAAAGAUACCCUCGACAAGGGGUAUUUCACCCUGAUUAAGCACGUGAAUCGCAUUUUGCGCCGGCGCUUGUACCACGGGUUUAUGGAGGACUUCGUGAUUAAGUACUUCUGGGGUGCCCUUGGUUUGAUUCUUUGCAGUGUGCCUGUCUUCUUUAAGAUCCCGGGUCAGAUCACUGAAACCAUGGGCGACCGCACUGAAAACUUCGUCACCAACCGACGGAUGUUGUUAUCCUCAUCCGAUGCCUUUGGCCGUCUCAUGUUCUCUUACAAGGAGAUCUCCGAACUGGCAGGAUUCACUUCUCGAGUUUCAUCCCUGUUGGAGGUGAUGGACGAUCUAGUCGCAGGACAUUUCGAGAAGAAAUUGGUAUCAUCUGCAUCAACGGAGGAGAAUGCAGCAGUUCUUUCUGGUCGUGGUGAGAUAACAGAGAGUGAUUCGAUCGAGUUCACAGAUGUACCAAUCGUUUCGCCCAACGGAGAUGUCCUGGUGCGUAAAUUGUCUUUCACUGUUCACCCGGGCGACCACCUUUUGAUAGUUGGACCCAAUGGGUGCGGUAAAUCAUCGUUAUUCCGGAUUUUGGGUGGACUCUGGCCUGUAUACGGAGGAUCGGUGAAGAAACCCCCAUUCCAGGACAUCUUCUAUAUCCCACAGCGUCCGUACCUGUCCCGUGGUACGCUUCGCCAGCAAGUCAUCUACCCAGAUGGUGUACGUGAGAUGCGUGCCAAGGGCAUUACCGAUGCAGAUCUCUACGAUGUUCUCUCCGUGGUUGAAAUUGCAUCGGUUGUUGAUCGUCCUGAUGGAUGGGAUGCCGAGGAAGAAUGGCGUGACGUUUUGUCAGGUGGUCUGCAGCAGCGCAUUGCCAUGGCCAGACUAUUCUAUCAUCGUCCAAAGUUCGCCAUCCUCGAUGAGUGCACAUCAUCCGUUACUCUGGAGAUCGAAAAGGUCAUGUAUGAGACAGCUAAGAAGCUGGGUAUCACCCUGAUGACAGUCUCACACCGUCGCAGUCUGUGGAAGUACCACAAGAAGAUUUUGCAGUUUGAUGGUCAAGGAAGUUACAUCUUCACAGGGCUGGAUUGGGAACGCAGAAUAAAGUUGGAAGAUGAGAAGGAAGAGCUCGACUUACAGCUACGAGCGGUUCCAGAAUUACAGCGCCGCGUUGCAGAGUUAACAGCAGUCUAG